UAUGUGUGUGUGUGUUUGUGUGUGUGUGUGUGUGUAUUCUCAUGUUUUAUGUCGACUCCCGGCCUCCCAGUGAGUCGUGCGGAGCAGCUGGCCAGAUGUUGCUGGACGCGGAGCUGCCGUCGCUGACCUCGGUGCUGAAACGCGACGUCAGAUGAACCUGCGCUCACCACCACAGGAGACGCGAUCCAGCCCCGCUCGAUUCACCGAAGCCGCUCCAAACACACACACACACACGCACACACACUCACACACACACACACACACACAAAAACGCGCACUCCCGCUCCCUAAACUUUCAGGUUUGGGUUUUUUUCCCGUCCUGUUUAUCCCCCUCCACUAAUCCUUCCUAUUCAAUCGUCCUCUCUCUCUCUCUCUUUUUUUUUUUCUUCCUGCGCUGCUCCACGACGCCGGCCGUCGAUUUCACCCCCUCCGCGUUAGUUUCCGUCGUGAUGGCACUCGGCGCGGCUACUGUACGCCAGGCGGGAGAUGAGCUGGGGGUGGACGAAGGCGCACAGCUCGUUUGAGUCUUUUAUUUUUUCUACGCGGAGGUGUUUUCGUUUCCAGAAUCUUUGAUUGUGAAAAGUAGGCGCGGUUUUGUUUUGUUUUUUGAUUUUUUUUUUUGUUGUUGUUAAUUUAUUAUUAUUUUUUUUCCUGGGACCGUCGCCUCCCCUGGACCGUAGAUUCUGUCAUAACUUGGUUUGUUGUUUUUCCUCUCAGCCGCUGCAGUCGGCCAUCCUGCGCUGUGUAACAUGAAGAUCGAGCAUUAAAGAUAAUCUCGAGAAACAAGGCCGACGCGUAGAAACUGGAUAUGGAGGCGGUGAAGAUGAGAGCCACGGCGGGGGUGAAAGAAUUUGCGGGGAAGGCCCUAGGUCAUAUGCACAGGGUGAUGGAGAAGAGGCAGAAGACGGGCGAGGUGAUCGAGCUGACGGAGGACGGGCGGCCCCGGGAGGCCGCGGAGAAGAAGCCCCCGCUGUGCGACUGCAACUGCUGCGGUCUGCCCCGCCGCUACAUCAUCGCCAUCCUGAGCGGCCUGGGCUUCUGCAUCUCCUUCGGCAUCCGGUGCAACCUGGGCGUGGCCAUAGUGGGCAUGGUCAACAACAGCACCAUCCACCAGAACGGCAAGAUCAUCAUCAAGGAGAAAGCCAAGUUCAACUGGGAUCCGGAGACGGUGGGGCUGAUCCACGGCUCUUUCUUCUGGGGCUACAUCGUGACGCAAAUCCCUGGGGGAUACAUCUCCUCCAGGCUGGCAGCGAACAGGGUGUUUGGUGCAGCCAUCGUCCUGACCUCAACUCUCAACAUGUUCAUCCCCUCGGCCGCCCGGGUCCAUUAUGGGUGUGUCAUUUUUGUGAGGAUAUUACAAGGCCUGGUGGAGGGAGUAACAUACCCAGCAUGUCACGGCAUCUGGAGUAAGUGGGCUCCUCCGCUGGAAAGGAGUCGUCUGGCCACCAUCUCGUUCUGUGGCUCGUAUGCCGGUGCUGUGAUAGCGAUGCCUCUGGCCGGAAUCCUGGUUCAGUAUUCAGGCUGGUCCUCAGUGUUCUACGUCUAUGGAUGCGUCGGUAUCUUCUGGUACAUGUUCUGGAUCCUUGUGUCUUACGAGAGCCCCGCUGAGCAUCCCACCAUCACGGAUGAGGAGCGCUGCUACAUUGAGGAGAGCAUUGGAGAGAGUGUCAAGCUAUCGGGUCCUGCCGAGAAAUUCAAGACACCCUGGAGGAAGUUCUUCACCUCUAUGCCUGUCUAUGCAAUCAUUGUGGCAAACUUCUGCAGGAGCUGGACCUUUUACCUGCUGCUCAUUAGCCAGCCUGCAUACUUCGAGGAGGUGUUUGGCUUCGAGAUAAGCAAGGUUGGCAUACUGUCUGCCCUGCCCCACUUGGUGAUGACCAUCAUUGUGCCCAUCGGCGGCCAGCUGGCCGACUACCUGCGCAGCAAGAACAUCCUGUCCACUACCAACGUCAGGAAAAUCAUGAACUGUGGAGGAUUUGGCAUGGAGGCCACAUUGCUGCUGGUGGUCGGAUAUUCCCACAGUAAAGGGGUGGCCAUCUCCUUCCUGGUACUGGCAGUGGGCUUCAGUGGAUUUGCUAUAUCAGGCUUUAAUGUCAAUCACCUGGACAUCGCUCCACGAUAUGCCAGUAUCCUGAUGGGUAUCUCUAAUGGUGUGGGUACCCUGUCUGGGAUGGUUUGCCCACUGAUUGUCGGCACUAUGACGAAGAACAAGACUCGGGAAGAGUGGCAGUAUGUGUUCCUGAUCGCCUCCAUGGUGCAUUAUGGAGGUGUGAUCUUCUACGGGAUCUUUGCCUCCGGAGAAAAACAGCCGUGGGCCGACCCGGAACUGACCAGCGAGGAGAAGUGCGGCUUCAUAGACGAGGACGAGCUGGCGGAAGAGACGGGCGACAUCACUCAAAACUACGGUGCCUUUGGAGCUCCGGCGAAGUCGUACGGUGCCACCACACAGGUGAACGGCGGCUGGGCUUCAGGCUGGGAGAAGACGGAGGAGUACGUCCAAGAGGAAGCACAAGGAGGGGCCUACGGAUACAGGCAGGAUGAGGGAUACUCCUAGACCAAACACACGCCCAUCGACCAAUGAGUAGACUUAUUUUCCUGAGUGUGUGUCAGUUUAGUGAUUAAAAAAAAAAAAAUCAAAGGAGAAACAAGAAAAUCUACAAUCCAUCGUUGUAUUGUUUGCACAAAUCCUUAAAAAAUAAAUCUAAAAAAGUAUCAACUUAAUGUUAAAAUGACUAAAAUGUAUAAAAAUCUAAAGAUAUUUGAUUCAUAGAGGUGUAACACAUAUCGAAUUGGCAGUCUGUAAAUGUAUUAAUAUGCAUAUUGAUAAUAGAUAUAUUUACUUGGAGUGCAAUCGUGUGUAAAUGUGAACUUUUUCCAUCCCAUCAGCUGAGGCUUCCCGACCAGAAUGAAGCCUGUAGGGUUACAUAGAAGCUGCCAACCUCUUAUUUAUCAAAGUUACAGUACGACGUCCUACAAGCCAGCCAUCCCAGUGUAUAAAUGUCACUGCACAGCAUUGUAAAGAGAACCUAGACACUCUGUUGAUAUAGAUUGUACUGUAGCUCUCCUGACUGCACUCAGAGUAGUGUGUUCUUUUAAUGCACAAUAUGACGACUUUUGUUGUCUUAUCACCGGCUUCUGUGUGUCUGUGUGUGCGUGUAUGUGUGUGUGUGUGUGUGCAAAAGUCCUCAACAUGUAAGUGAGCUGGUGUAGAGAUUUGAGCGAUAUAUCGACUUGCGGUGACUGUUUGGUUACACGCUCAUAAAGGGUAAAAAAAAUUGUCCGUUUGCUACAUGUGAUUCCAUUUUGUGCCAGUUGAGCAUUUGAUGUUUUUUAUUUGCUUGUAGCAGCUCGUCACAUGUCAGCAGUGUAGUGCAGGACUGAAGCCAGUCUCAUUAACAUUUUCCACAUAAAUGUCAAGCCAACAGAAGCCUAGUUGUACCACUGUAUCAUUAACAGAUUUCUCUGAGAUAAAACCUAUAUGACAGAUAUAACUAGAGAGUGAAUAUGUAUAAGAGUUUAUAGAUUAAAUGUAAGCAUUUUAGAAGAGGUGAUUCAUGACCUUACGAAGGGUCUGUGCACUGCAAACUGACCAAACUCAGUAUGAGACUCUUACUAUAUUAGAAUAAUAUUUAAUGGACGGGAAAAAAUUAUUAUUCAAAAUAGUGUGAAAUAGAUAUUUACAUAAUCGAAAGGAUAAGUGAAGAAUUUCUCUAGAGAUCAAAUAUUUAUGACUUCAAAACAACAAUCAAAGUUUUGAAAAAGUUUCUAUAUGUAUUAUUAAAAAAUGGAGUUUUAACAUUCAGAGAAGUUCAUCUGCUUCAUGUGUUGGAUCUGAUUGAUAAACAACUGUAAUUGAGAGCAGAAGUCUGUUCCGUUGUGCUUCAUGGGACCUUAUUGUUGGAAAAGUACUCACAGUUAAGGACAAGUAAUUUUUUGUGCCAUGAAUUACUCAUUUGAUGUUCCUCAGUUAAAGGGACGAUUUUUAACUAAAACGUUGCAUCACGAAAGUUGCAUAAAUUCAUAGAGGUAGUCGAACAUUGUUUAGUUUUGUGUUAAAAUGUUCAGUGACCUGCACCAACACCAACAUGGCCGUCACACAGAAUAAGCAUUUGAAAUUGUGAAAAUCACAUGAAACUGGCCAUACUGUAAACUGCAGUUAGGUGAAAGUCUUAUAUUUAAUUUGUUUAGUGACAAAAUGCAACUUCCUUUGAGUUAAAAAAAUUCUCUUUUAAAUUGACAAACAUCAUAUGAGUAAUGUAAUUCAUAGCACAAUUCAAACAGGCUAAAAAAAAAUGUAUUUUCUCUUGC